UUAAAGAAAUAAAAGCCCGCGUUUAAGAACUAAAAACUUGUCAUCUUCUUCUCUCACCACAGUAAAAAUUCGCUUUUGCUUUUGUAGCUGUACUAUAUCACUACCACUACCAGACCCCUUCUCUCUCUCUCUCUCUCUCUCUCUUGAACCCAUAAAAAAAAAAAGCAGUGGUGGUUCUGCUUAUCACGAGCUUCAGUUCAGCCACUGCUGCUUUUGAUGCCAUGUUGCCGUGUUUGGUGGACCACCGUAGCUUAUGCAACACCUUACUUCUGUUGCUCUUCUUCUUCUUCUUUUCUGUUCUUGUUACUUCUUCCUCAGCUUGCUCCAGUGGCACUUGUCAGGUUCUAGAUGCUUGUACCGCGGCCGUGGACUGUUCCCCAGGUCUCUACUGUGGUAAUUGUCCUUCUUCCGGUGCUACUCAGCCAAUCUGCACCAGAGCUCAGGCAAUCAUUCCCACUACCAUUAUUAAUGGGUUGCCGUUUAAUAAGUACACAUGGCUGGUGACCCAUAAUUCGUUCAGUAACGUGAAUGCAGCUCCUGUAGCUGGUGCUCAGAGAUUGACAUUUUAUAAUCAAGAGGACACUGUGACCAACCAGUUGAAUAAUGGCGUGAGGGGACUGAUGUUGGACAUGUAUGACUUCGAGAACGAUAUUUGGCUCUGCCAUUCAUUUAGGGGCCAAUGUUUCAACUUCACUGCCUUUCAACCUGCAAUAAAUGUAUUGAAGGAAGUGGAAGCAUUUUUAAGUGCAAACCCGUCUGAGAUUGUGACAAUUAUAAUUGAGGAUUAUGUGCAUACCACGAAAGGGUUGACAAAUUUGUUUGCUAUGGCUGGGUUGGACAAGUAUUGGUAUCCUGUGUCCAAGAUGCCGAAAAAGGGUAAAGAUUGGCCCACUGUGACCGAAAUGGUGCAAGAGAAUCACCGACUUCUUGUUUUCACUUCUGACUCCUCAAAGGAGGCAAAAGAAGGAAUAGCAUACCAGUGGAAAUACUUUUUGGAAAAUGAGUCUGGAGACCCUGGGGUAAAAGGCGCAUGCCCAAAUAGAAAAGAGUCGAAGGCAUUGGACUCGAAAAGUGCAACUCUUUUCUUGCAGAAUUAUUUUCCUACAUACCCAGUUGAAGCUGAUGCCUGCAAAGAGAAUUCAGGUCCACUUGCUGCAAUGGUUGGUACCUGUUAUAAAGCAGCAGGCAACUUAAUGCCAACCUUUUUGGCAGUAAAUUUUUACAUGAGGAGUGAUGGAGGAGGGGUCUUUGAUAUUAUAGACAGAAUGAAUGGCCUGACAUUGUGCGGAUGUAAUACUGUCACUGCUUGCCAGGCUGGUGCACCUUUUGGGUCCUGCAAGAAUGUAGCUGUUCCUAGUAGAAGUCCACCAACAACCACCAAUGCAGGAAGCUUUACUGGAUCUGUUCAGUUUACAAGAUCUGCUUCAACUGUCAACUCUUCGAAUCGCUUGUUUCUCUUCUUAGUAUCAUUCCCACUGUUGGCAUUUUGGUUAUGACCACCACAGCCAAUUAGCGUAAAUCCUUGAGAUGGUGGCUUACUUACAGUGUUUUACACGUAAAAAUCUAGUGUCAUAGCAAACGGUUCUUAGUGUUAUAAAUUUGAUUAUAGAGGUAAAGCUUACCGAGAUUUUAGUUAAGAGCAGAAGUGAGGAUAUGUGCGGCGCAUGCAUAUGAAGUAGAUAAGUUAGUGACCAAGAAAGACCCAGAAAGCACUGGUUUGGUUUCAGGUAUACAGUACACUUCAUUACAGUAAAGCACUUGUUUUUAUGGAAGAAAAUAGAAAUAUUGAGAUUGAGAUGCUGACAUUUUACCUAGUGUUAUAACAACACCCAAUUCUGCCAUCGUUUUUUUGAUCAUUUUAUCUGUGCUGUGCUGUUGUUUUCUUUCAGGGCACAGAUAGUGUGGGUAACCAGUCAGUAGCAGUCAAGCAAAUCCAUGGCACAUCAUAUGUAAAAGUACUUGUGUGUUAAAUAAUAGGCUUUCUUAUUUGUAUUCUAACAUUUUUAAUGGGUGUUGUUUCUCAUUUCUUACCUAUAACAUAGGUUAUGUUAUCUCAUGUCUGCACUUUUGUUUUUAACAAUGUGGAUCACUAUGAAGAGUUGAACAAAUGAUUUAUUUGAGAAUUGUGUUAUGUAAAACAAGAAAGACCAUAAAGUUUUCAUUUUGUGCUGUC